UCAAAUAUAAUUUAAAGUAGCCUUCUACAGUAAUUUCGUCGCUGGAUUUGUCUUACAGGAGCGACGAUUGAUGUUUUCGUGCAGAAAAGGCCUUGUUGAUCAAUUUUAGAUUCUCUCUUCCUACAAUGUUCUUUUCAACCUCGGCUGAGCGCCAGAUUCAAAAUUACUUUACAAAGCAGUUCGAUUUUUCGGAAUUUCAGUGUUUACAUCUAAACAUUUUCCUUUUUAUGUGAACGAAUAUUUGUUUUAAGCGAGUGCAAGAUGGUAGACAGUAUGUCUACAUGGUCCUCUUUAGAAAUAACGCGGAAUCCAUUCGACAGUGGCCGCGAAGAACGCACAAACUGUCCUGGAUUUAGCCCUUCGAUGUUCUCUAAGCAAGAAACCCCCGGGAGCCAGAAGAAACGGCGAAGUUUCAGGUGGUCAAUAGAGCAGAUUUCACGCUUGAAUCCUGCUGAUAUUGAUGAAUUUCCUAUUCAAGAAUAUAGCAGCACAUUUGAGAGGGAAGAAGAUGAAAUUGCCGCACAAAAAGCUGUUGAUGAGUACUUCUCUCAAAGUUCCAUUGUUCCAUCUCCAUGGACGCCAAACCAUGAAGCGAAACAUGUCAAGUUCUCUCCUCUGCCACCUGCUACUGCUUACAUUGAAGCUGAAAGUUCUGUGGAAUCCUCAUAUUCAUCUCCUUCCUCAACAAAUUGCAAAACAAAAGCAGAUGCAAGCAGCCAGACCAAGCUUUCGUUACCACCUGACUUUGAUUUACAAAACCAUCUUGGUUCAACUUAUUACAACGAGGAUGGCCUCAAUGGCAGUAAAGACAUUUCACUUUCGUCCCUAAGGCGGAAGCUUUUCAUGCAAGUAGAAAACAAAAAUGAUGCUGAGAAGGAUCCACUGGAAAUAAAAUCCAUUUUAAAGAGCCCCAAAAGUCCUGUUUUGGUAAGUAUUCUGUUGAACCCUUGUUACUUCUUGGGUGUUAUAAGCCAGGAUAGGGAGCAGGAUUAUGAUAUGGGAGCAGCUGAACUUAGUGUAGCCAAAGCAGAACAUGCUGAAAAUCCAAAUACUUCACUUGAUGAUGGUGGUCCUUUAGAAGUAUUGGCACUCUCUGUGAAAGAUGACAAUGAAGAAGAAGAGAAGGAAGUAGAAGAUAUUAAUAAUGAUGAUGAUGAGAUGCCACCAAAAAUCACAAUGGAGGACUUAGCUGAUGAUUUAGAUUCCUCAGAAGAGAAUGGUAAUGCUCAUGGCACAGACUCGCCACAGAUGAAGUUUGAAGAACUGACUCCUAGAGUAGAAGCAGUUCCUGAUGAGAACGCUGCCACAGAAGCUAUGGAUACUGGAAAUGUCAGACAUGAAAGCACAUCUGAUGAAUAUCCCAAAUUGCCACAGGAGAGUGGUAUGCAAGUUGAAGAUGUUGGCUCAAAGUUUAGUCAAGAACCCAAGAGUUAUGACCAUAGGAAUGAACAUCCAGGACUUAGGAAAGACAUUCCAAGUGGACAUUCUAUAGCUCCUAGCCACAGAAAUUGGCAAACAAGGAAUUACAGUACUACAGAAGGCUUUCAUAAAUCUAGUCACCUUAACGAACUUGAUGAGGAUGUUGUAAUGAUGAGAGCAAAAGCUGCAUUAAGAAGAGCCAACAGGCUCUCUCCAACUCAGGGUGUAAGCAGCUAUUCCUAUGAUCCACACAGUUUGACACUAUCUGAUUUGAGUUUAAAUGUAUCCUCCGCGUGGGAGCCGGUACGUAUGUCAACACCUUUAGCUCCACACCUCAGUACCCCAGGUAACUAUAGAAGUCGUAGAGAUCAUGACAGUCCUUACGGUUACAAGUCCACCAGUAAGUCACAUAGGCAUGAUAGUGCUGGCGUAACUUACAGCGAGGAAUCUGGAUUUGGUAGAAGUGGUGGAGACAUGGCAUCGCAUUACUCCCAUGGAGUUUCUGGGAAGAGACUAUCACCAGCUGUGGAGGACAUAAUCCGAAGAAGGAAAUUCCAAGGAGGUUUUGAAGGACGGUACCCACUGUCCACUUCCUGGAAGAAGUCAAGUUCCCCUUUGUUUUCUUCCAAGUAUGACAGCAAAUGGCAGCUUUCACACACUUAUCCCAUGUCAUAUGUGGAAUGGAAAGCUCUAUAUUGGAGGCCUCCAAGAGAUCAUUUCACAUGGAGAGAUCGCCAGUAUCAGACAAAUCAAUAUGGUUAUGAGUCAGACUUCAAAAGAUCACCAUGGCCACCAAGACCUGUCUCUUCAAAGCUGAUCUAUGGUUCACGUCCACUGUCUCCCCCAGUAACCUUUCCACCUGCUAAGGUUCCCAGGGCAGUUCCAGGGGGGUUUGUGUCCAAGAUUGCCUUACCUUCCUAUCAAGACAAUAGUGACAGUGGUUAUUCAGACUGGCAGCGAGGUGGCAGCCAAUGGGAAAACACAGUCAGAAGUCAACACAGUUUAAUGGGAUGUGCUGGAGAGUUCCAAUACUAUUAAUCAGAGACAAUACUGAUUUUACAAACUCUACACAUUGGAGGACUAAACAGCGUUAAAUGUUAUUGACUGAGUGGCAGGGCCAGACAGUGUUAUCGACUUAGUAGGAGGGCAACAACAUGUGCACUCAUCAAGUACCGUGGACAGGUCUAUAAAGAGAGUCGUACAGGGAGGGUCUCUUGCACAGUUCACGAACUGAAAAAAUAGUGAAUCAUAGAUCGCAGAUAUCAAAAUUUCAUUUUCCCAAAUCACGAAAAUAAGCAAGUAAAUUUGUACUCUUUUUAAUGACCUGCUCU